AUAUUAUAAUUUUUAUUUAUUUAUUUUUAUUUUGAAGGAGAUUUUCACAGUUCUCCCAACGUUUCUAUCUGCGAUUUUCAAACUCCACUUCCCGCGUGUUUUCGCCUUGCAAUCUCCAAGCUGAACGAAAUUCGUGCCUUUGACAUCGCAACAGUUGUUCCUUUCAGGUUCUUCGUUCUCAGUUUCUCCGGGAAGCCAAACGGACUCAUGGAGUCUCUCUAUAAGAAGCUCUACGACAAGUACACUAAACUCAAGACAAAAAAAAUGUCAGACUUUGAUCAGCUCAGCAAGGAUCAAGAAGUAAAAUUUUUGAAUUAUGUGUCUGCUGCAGAGGAGUUGAUUCAACAUUUAAAAAGUGAAAAUGAUAGAUUGCGUCUCCAGUUUAAUGAAUUGAGAGAUGAAGCUGCUUCGACCAGGUCCAGCAUGGAUGCAAAAUGUGCCGAUUAUCAGAAGCGAUUAAUGGAAGAGAAUCAAAGGAAUAGUACUCUUUCUGAAGAAGUUGAGAAGCUUCGAAAACUCCAGCAGGAGGGAAAUUUUGGUGGUUAUAACAACGGAAUAAGCAAGGAACCGCACACGCCUAGUGGCUCCCAACUUGUGCCUGGGGAGGUUCCGAAAGGCCCAUCUGGAGGAAGUACAAGAAAGCGCUCCAGAGAUGCUACUCCAGUGACCGAUGAACUUGGAGUACUCAAUGCAGGUGCUCAAGCUGAUCCCACACAAAGGCAAUCAACAAGUGAACUGUCCGAGAAAGCUGCAUCCAGCAAGGUUGGCAACAUGCAGCUGGGUUGUUGCGGAAGCAAAGAUGGCAGCGUAAAUGACUGUGUUUCCACCAACUGCCCAUAUCAUUGCCUUAUAGAGCACUUGAUGGGCAUGGAAGUAUCAUCUACCAAUCGAAGUGAAGGAAUAUGUAUAUCAGCAGUUCAUAAAUCAAGUGGUUACUCAUUCAGUCUAACGUGGUCAAGUAAACUAGCUGGAGAAACAGAAAUCCUAUAUCGCGUCUUAUCUCUGGGUACUUUCGAGAGGGUAGCACCAGAAUGGAUGAAGGAAGCCAUCAUAUUCAGUACGAAUAUGUGCCCAACUUUCUUCGAGAAGCUUACAAGAGUCAUCAAGCUGCACUGCUAAUAAAAAGCAUGGCUAGUGCUUUCUAAUCCCAACUAAGCUUUCAAGUUAGUUUCUCCUACUUGCUAAAUGAACAUGAAUAGUGAGCAAACUAACAAAAACUGCAUGCCUGACCGAUUUGCAAACUCAUGUAUAAAUUGUGAGGUUGAUAUGAUAUGAUAUCUUCAGAAAAAGGAUUGUGAACUCUUGAAGUCAGUUCUUUUUUCUGUUUUCUUUCUUAGAAUGAAUUGUGAGGUUGAAUUGGACGGUGAAUUUCCAGUGAGCGAUGUAUAUAUUUGAGGUUAAUAAUCCAUCAACCAACAAGAAUUUGACA